AUGACAGAUGUUCUUGUGUCGACUUUAGUCCAGUCGGCUGCGUGGUCUGUUGGUCUUGAUGAGUCUGGGGAAGACCCUCUACUGGACACGUCAGAUCUUUUUUCUAAGGGAUACUUGGAAGCUGCUCAGGCAGCUCUGGAGAAGGAGAUUCUCAACCAAGUUCAAAGCCUAAAUGACACAUUUGACAACAUUGAAUUUGACGAAUAUGCCAAAAACUUGGAACCCAGCAAGGACGAGCUCCGAGUGGUAGAGGAGGUCCGUACAAACGGUCUUAUUCUUACUUCACUUGAUGAUCUAUGGCUACUACGUGGUGGAUAUCAAGAGGUCCAAGCGCUUACCGAUCUUGGGGAAUAUGCAUCAGCACUUUCUUCGCUUGACAAUGUGUACACUAAAUUACGUGCUUUCAAUGGUAAAUGGGACACCGAGAAGCCCAAGCUCAUUACCACAAUUCAGGAGAAGCUUGAUUCUACAAAGAAAAGCAUAAUUGAUUCGAUAUAUACUCAAUGGGACAAGUCUCUACGCUGUGAAGAAAAGAUUCCAGAUGCCGACUCUUUGAUAAAAAAAGCCUUACUUCAGGUCAAACUUUCUGAUGAACUUGACAAUUACAAUUCCCUUUUUGAAGCACUUAGACAUCUUGAUGCAUCAGAAAUUAAAGAAAACCAGUUUGUUGCUUUCAGUAGGCUUGACAAUUUCCUCACCUUUGUCGAAAAAUACAUCUUUCAGCCUGUUCUUGAGCUGAGAGUAGGUGAAGUUGAGCAAUACAACUCUACACUAGUUUUGUCAGACAUUCAGCGCCGUGUAGAAUUCGUUCCACAAAAAUCAGUAUCCGAUCUUGCCCAACAGCUUGUUUUUGUGUUGGACUUUCUGCACCAUAGCCUUGCUGAAAAGUUUUCAGAGCUCUACGAUAAUAUUAAGCGUCGCUCACUUACACGACUACUCUCAACGCUUCUUGGGAGCACUUUUACAGACUUGUUACCAGAACACGAACGGGACUUGGCCCAAUUUGAGAAGGAUCUCAAUGCUGCGGCAUUGACUAUUCAAGAUAAGCUUAUAAGCAAUGGAUGGCUUUCUCCAGGUUCCGACGAUUUGGUUUCUUGGGCCCAAAAUCUUUCGGAAGUUUGGGUGGCUCAUCGCAAACAACAGGCACUUGACGAGUUGCGCCAUCGGUUAUUUAAGAUUGGUGAGGCCAAAGAGCUGAAACUUGUGCGUGUACUUGAUGCAGAAUUUUUGGAACAUGGUUCUUCUGAACAGACUAAGGAACUGGAAGCUGAUGACUGGGAUGCCUGGAACGAAGAAGAAGAAGAAAAAGAACAAGAGAAAGAAGAACAAAAGAGUGAAGAAAAGAAAGAAGGUAUUGAAAAAGAAGUUGGAGCUGAUGAUGGUUGGGACGCAUGGGGUGACGAAGAUCCGGUAAUUAAAGACAAUGAGGAGCAUGUAGAAGAAGAAGAAGACCCAUGGGAGAGUGGAGAUGUUUCUGCUGAUCCUGUGCCUGAUUCUAAUACAGAAGAUGAUCAGGAAGAUCCAUGGGGAGAAGAAGAUCCUGUUAUUGAGCCUGAAAAAGAAGCAGAUUUGGAAGAAGAUGCAUGGGAUGCUUGGGGUGAUGAAGAUGUAGCGGAAGAACCGAUAGUUACUAAGACCAAAUCACCACAAAUAACACAGUCAACAACUCAUGCAAAUCAUCAGCCCAAAAUGCAGCACAAGGCGCGACAUUCGCAACGUGAUUCGCUCAUGUGUAGUAUUUCUGAAAUUCCUGCGGCGCUUAUUGACGUUGUUGAUAAGUUUAUUGCUGAGAUUCAAUUAUAUUUUACUGAGCAUGAAAAAAAGCAUCACAUCCAUCCAGAGUCUUCUAUUUUACAUUACAGUGAAAGUAACCAUGCAGCAAAACAGAUUGAAGCAAGCGUUUGCGAUUUGCUGGCACUAUACCGAGCAAUUUCCCCCCUGGUGUAUGGCGCUGCACCCACACCUUUAAUUGUUUACAAUGAUAUUGUACAGAUUGUAUCACGAUUAGCGGCGUUAGCACCUAAUGGGACUGCAUUUGCAUCUGAGAAUGAGCAUUUGUUUAUGAUGGCUGAUGCCCAACUUUCUGGUGUAGUGGGAGAACAGCAAGGUAGGGUAGAAAAAAUGCUGGCACUUGCCAAUGGAUUUUCUAACUGCAAUUCCGAAGAGAACUUGUUUGUGUGCCAAGGUGCGAUUGAGCGGACGACAAAUGUUUUUGAGGAGCUUGCUGAGGUGUGGGAAGAGUGGAUGUCGUUCCCUCAGCGGGUCAAGGCACUAGGGGUUUUGUUAGAGUAUAUUGCGACUGAGAUAAUUCGCGACAUUGAGGCGCAAGAAAACAUUUCUGAAGAAGAAUCGAUGGAGCUGGGCAAACUGAUUAAGGUUGUUGUGUCACUGGAGCGAGUUGUGGAAGACCCAGAAGGUGUAGGACCACCUCACUUAGACUAUACACCAUCAUGGAUCAAGUUGCAAAGUCUUGCGCGGGUGCUUGAAAGCAACCAGGAGACAAUUCUACACAUGCUGCGGAACAAUGAGCUUGUGGACUUUUCAGCUAAGGAACUGGACCACUUGAUUCAAGCGUUGUUUGCUCCGUCCGAGUACCGUAAUCAGACCAUAGCUACGAUAUAUAAAGAAUGUGCUGAGUAA